AUUCAACACGGCCAAAGACGGUUUCCUCUCCCUCCCAGAACUGAAACGCAUGAUGGAGCAGCUGGGCGCCCCUCAAACUCACAUCGGCCUGAAAGGUAUGAUCAAAGAAGUCGAUGCAGAUGGUGAUGGAAGACUGUCAUUCGCAGAAUUCAUGAUGGUGUUCAGAAAGGCCAGAGCUGGGGAACUGGAAGAGGACAGCGGAUUGGGCCAAUUGGCCAGGCUCACUGAGGUCGAUGUGGGUGAGGUCGGAGUUACUGGGGCCAAGGAGUUCUUCGAGGCCAAGAUCAACGAUUUGGCGAAGAAAAGUAAAUUCGAAGAAGAGCUUCGUCAAGAACAAGAAGAACGGAGGAGGGAAGAGGAAGAGCGUGCAGUCCGUAAAAGGCAAUUCUUAGAAAAAGCUGCUGUUUUUAAAUUAAAUGCCUGACUCCCCAAGGUUAGUUUUCACGUAUAUGGAAUAUAGAAACCUUCCACAGCAUAAGUCAUUUGCGAGAUCUUGACAUUUUUUUAUCUAUGUAACAUUAUUUCAUGUAUAUAUGAUUAUUUUUUUUAUUGUAGAACUAUUCUAUCAGUUUGUUAUUUUGGCUAUGUGUAGUUUGAUUGUUUUAAGCUUUUUAUGACGUUGUUUGUGUUGAGAAUCUAUUUCUAAAAAAACAUCUACUUUUUAAUUAUCGGAUAAAUAGUAUUUGAGUGUACGUGGCGUGGCAAAUAAGUUCCGCAAAUCUUCUAUCAAACUCUCUUUCAAAAUUUCCUCCUACGAUUCGGAGUAUCAUUUGCUUACAAAAAGUACGGGUACAAAGAAGAUGUAGGCGUGGUGCUCUACGGGUCAACUCCUUAGGACCUAAGAAGUUUGCAUGUAGAGUAACAUGGUUCCAGUUUCAUUGACAACACAGGCUGACAAGAUUCUUACCUUCCCGAAGGUUAUGGUCCAAAUCUGACUUGGAUUUAAUUUCCAAGAUAUCCUAACCUAAAGGUACAAAAAUAGCGAUUUUUGCUUAUAUUUUUUUUCAAAAAACCAUCUUAAAGAAUAAGACUUGCCAUUUCAAAUGACGUUGAGUUUGCUUUAAUAUCUUUUUUUUUAGCUGAGAUAUGGCGCUUUGAUAUUUUAAUUUUUCUGUAUUUCACUAUAUUUGGUACUCUACACGUUAUGAUUACAUGUACAUUAAAGUUGUGGUUAUAAUACACCAAAAAUUUAAUAAGAAUAUAUUUAAGACCUGUCAAAUAAAACAACCCAUAAAUGCUCAACAUCAAAUCCAUAAAAUAACUAAAACAUACGGAAACCACAACUCACAAUCCGGAUUUUAUUGUUGGCAUCCGGAAAACAAAAUUUGCGCCUUUUGCACUUAUUGGACCAAUUAGAAGGCGUCUUUGAAGUAAUGGAUCUAAUGAAUUUGGUCGAUUUCUUGUAAAAUGCCCAUCGGACUAGAGCAAAACAUACUUUUUUAUACUUGAACCACCACGAAGGUCUAAACAUACAUGGGUACCGUGGGCCUAUAGGGGGUACAGGCGAAAAGGGGGGACGCCUCAAGCAAGGGAACACGUGUACAACAUUCACACAUUUUGGCCCCGCCUCAGAGAUCCGCCCGGUGGUACCUCCGAGUUCGACAGUCAGAGAGCGUCUACCACCUCAUUUUAAAUAAAGAAAUACUUUACAUAUCAUAUGAAUCAGCUACAAAAACCUUUUUUCAUUUGUAUCCGGACACAAAUUCGACCAAUCAAAAAGAAGGAUUUGCAUGUAGUCGCGAAUUCUGCAUGAUCAAUUAUUUGAAGACAAAUAAAAUUACAGAAUGUUUAUUCUUUAACAACCAUCAACCAUCAAUAAUCGUAUACAAAGAAAAAACAAAUUAAAAAUGAAAAUCAAAUAGCGCAAGAAAUUUCUGUAAACUUUGUAGUAUACGGUAUUUAAACGAAUGCUACUAAAAAUCUCAAAAAUCCAUUCAGUGGACCCGGGUUCCGGUCUAACUAGAAGCUAAAAGUAGGGUUCCCCAUGUCUAGAUAGACGAUGAGGAAUGACCCAGUGUAGGUAUUUCUUGACUGGAAUUUAAUUGUCACUCCACGUAUGAUCAGUCCACAUUUUUCUUGAGAAACUAGUCUUGAUUUCUACUUGAUUUCAUUGACAGUGAAACAUUUUAUGUCGCAUUGUCUUUCUGAUUCAAAAAUUGCAUAAGUUUAAAUGUUUGUGAUAAGAGUAUGUGCAUUAUUUUAAUUACAAAUAUUUUUAUUUUUGGUAGAUGCUAUGAAGGAACUUAUACAUAUUUAUUUAUAUUUUGACUUUUAAAUGAUACGUUUUACGAUUACUAGUUAUGAGCUGUUCCAUUUUUCACGUUCUUUUAUAAAGAAUAUGUACACUAUGAUAUACUAUUCUUUCUUUUUUUCUUAUUUCUUUGACCUUUUUCAUGUAUAUUUGAGUUUUAAAUGUGAUAUUUAUAGUUUGUAGAAAAGACGUGAAUUAUCUCAAGAUAUAUUGAAGCUACAAUGUGCCUUUUCAAAAUGAAGCAUUUUUAUUUCUUUAUCAAAUGGGUUGAUUCAAGUACCGACAUCUCUGUUAUGCAGUGGUGUCAUCACCUGAAUGCGCCCGAUAUGCACAUUUACUGCGUUGAGAUAGUUCACAUUGCAAUAAUUAUUGGGUUUUUAGUAAAUGUAGGUUAAGGGAAAAUUGUUAAUUUUUAUAAAAAAAAUAAAUAUGUGCAAUCUUCUUAAAGUUGCGUUUCUAUUCCAAAAGAGUUGCUCCGAAAUAUGUGCAAUAAGUUGAUAGAAUGUAAAAUUACCUUCAGUACAAUUCCACAAACUCGUGCGUUAGUGGUUUUGAAUUAAUGAAAACAAUGUGCU